AUGGCGCUCCCCAGAUCACCGCUGUACCUCGUCACACAGCGAGAAGCUCUUCCUCCGGGCGUCUCACUCGAGCAAUGUGUACAAGAAGCUCUGCAAGGCGGCGUCGAGAUCGUGCAGCUCAGAGAGAAGCACGCCGAUUCUCGAGAAUUCCUAGAGAUCGCUCGCGGUCUACAGACGAUCUGUGAUGCUGCAGAGGUGCCUCUCGUCAUCAAUGAUCGAGUGGACAUUGCUCUCGCAUGCGGUUGCCGCGCUGUGCACCUCGGACAGAGUGAUCUCUCCGUCAAGGACGUCUGCGCGCUCAUGCCGACAGCAAAGUCGAUUGGCGUGUCCGCGCAUGAUGUAUCAGAAGCCACUGUUGCUUGCGCUACCGACGACGUGAGCCUCAUAGGCAUCGGACCCAUCUACGCGACGACAUCCAAGAGCGAUGCCAAGGAGGCACUCGGACCUCGAAAGCUAGCACGAAUCAUAGACGCUCUCCGGGCUUACGAGAGGACACUGUCAUCAGCGAACGGACGAGUGAGCAUCGUUGCCAUUGGUGGCAUCAAUGCUUCCAAUGCGGCCAGAGUCUUGCAUAUGACCUGCAAUUUUGACACUGGCGAGACAGAAGCUGGCCUUGCUGUCAUUUCUGCCAUCGUCUCAUCACCGAGACCGCGAGAAGCUGCUCAAAGUCUUUCUGACAUUCUGGCGGAUUACAGAUCUGAGGGUCGCAGUCAUAAGCCAAGUCGCGAGGACUUGCUUGCCAAUGUCGUCCGAUUGCAUGAUUCUAGCCGCGAGAGUGGCGGCUUGCUGCAUCACAUCACCAACACGGUCGUACAGAACCAGUGCGCCAACGUUGCGCUCGCCCUACGCGCCAGUCCGAUCAUGUCCAUGUCGCCUGAAGAGGCAGGCGACCUCUCUGCCAUACUAGGCUGCCUUGUCAUCAACCUCGGCACGCUCACAGAUGAUAGUCUCCGCGUGAUGAAGGAAGCCGGACGACACGCAAACAGCAACAAGAAGCCUAUCGUUUUCGAUCCAGUCGGUGUCGGCGCCUCGGCAUUCAGACAAAGCAAGACGGAUCAACUGCUCGAUCAUGUUCAGAUGAGCAUCAUCAAGGGUAAUGCAGGCGAACUGGCGGCACUUUCGGGCGAUAAGAGCGUCCGAGCUCGCGGUGUUGACUCUGCUGGAGGGUUUGCAGACCCUGUCAAGGCGGUUCGCGAUCUAGCCAGGCAAGAGAGAUGCGUCGUCGUACUGACGGGGCAGAUCGACUAUAUCUCGGACGGCAUGACAGUGAUCAAAUUGUCAAAUGGUGUGCCUCAUUUAGGCAACAUCACAGGCUCAGGCUGCGCCACGGGCACGUGCAUUGCGGCCUAUGCAUCCGCAGCGCACUCGAUGAGUACCACGAUGCGAGCUACAGUACCACAAGCGAGCAUCUGGGGUGGAGGCGACAUGCUCUCUGCAGCAGUAGGCGGGAUUCUUGCCAUGACGGUUGCCGCAGAGAUUGCCAUGGAAAAGCAGCCGGGCGGUCCAUCGACUUUCACGGGCCAUCUGAUCGAUGCGCUGUACAACCUCACUGCGCAGAAUCUGGUCGAACGGGCACGAGUGGAAGUCGUCUGA